AUGAGUUGGUUCCCAAAAAGCCUUGGGAAUUCCCAAGGGAGCACAGGGCAACUGAAAAAUCGACUGGAAGAUCUGAAAAAGCCCUGGAAGAAAGAAGCAAGCCCUUCAAUGCUACAGCAUAGUGAGACUGCCAGGCUAGCUGUGGAUUCCUUUCUGGAACAAGGAGAAGCUGGCUAUCUGCAAGUCAUUGCAAAAGAAAAAGAACUGCCCUUCCUCUCCACAAUGGACAUGGCUUACAUGAGCCAGCACAUCCAAAGCAUCCCAGAGUCUCCAAAGAAGGGGCUAGAGGCAGGACUCUCAAGAGCUGACAGCAUGGACAGGGAAUCUCUCCUCUCUGAGAUGACAUCUGGGACAUACUUCCCAUUAAUGUCAGAUAUUGAUCCCCCUCAACUGGAGCUCGGUUGGCCAAUGAUGUCUUCUGUCACAGUGUUCAACCGAACAGAAGUCAGUUUGUAUUUCCAAAGGGAGAAGGCAAACAAUGUGAAAGAAUUACAUCGAUCUCUAAUAAGCAAGGCCAAGACAGUGAUUGCAAUUGUGAUGGAUCAAUUCACAGAUAUGGAAAUACUCAGUGAUCUGAUAGAAGCUUCAAACAAACGUCAUGUUCCUGUUUAUCUGAUCCUUGAUGAAAAAAACCUAAAGGAGUUUACAGAAAUGUGCAAUAAAAUGGAGGUCACCAUGGAUGACUUUCCGAAUAUGCGCAUACGAUCUGUAAGUGGAGAUACAUACUAUAGUAAAGCUGGCAAGAAGCUUACAGGACAAGCCCUUGAGAAAUUUGUGUUGAUAGACUGUGAACAAGUGCUUGCAGGGACUUACAGUUUUACAUGGCUCUGCAGCCAGGUACAUACCUGUUUAGUGAUGCACUUCAAAGGAAAAAUUGUUGAUGAUUUUGACAGAGAGUUCCGAUGUAUAUAUGCUGAAUCUAGAUCAGUGAAUCAACUUGGAAUCCCCACUGCUGAAAAUUCCACACCUUUUCCUUACAAGACCAUGCAGAAAUUUGACCCCAUUUUAAAACAUAUUCAACAGAAUGAAUAUGAAGCCCUCAGUCCAUCAAGCACCCUUUCAACUUGCAGUGUCGUGACCAUCAAGAAAUCACCAUAUGAUAACCAAUCAAUUUCCAAUGUAUACUGUGAAAAGAAGGAAUUAACACCAGGUGAAACAAGAAAAACCAUUUCAGGCUUAAUGGGACAUGACUUGAGAUACCAGCCCAGGGAGUCUCCAGACUCUAACUGCAGUAUAUUAGAUAAAUUAAAGCCUCCACUCAAUGAUGCUUCUAAUUUAUUGAAACUUAAGACAUCUUUGCUAUCAGUAUCUUCACCGAUAUUAGCUGACAACAUAGGAAAUGGACAUCUUCCUGACAAUAUUGGAACAAAAGAUAACAAGAAGUUCCUUUAUACUCAACCAGUUGAAAAUGCAAGCAAACUACAUAAGAAUGAUAAAUCAGUAACUCAUGGAUACAACAAAUUAGAAUUCAUUAACAACCCUAUUAAAUCUAUAAAUUAUGAAAUAAAGGGCACAGUUCCUAGAUUCCUUGAUGGCUCUGAUGAUAUGCCAAUGGAGAACAACAGCAACAUAAAUAGGACUGAAAAAAGGAUGACACUUGGUCACAGCAAAUUGGAUUUGAUUACUAACUAUAGUAAAUCAAAGUCAAAAGCAGUUCAUAGUCGAUUUGAAAUGUAAUCUAACAAAAAUAUCUCAAAUGUGGAAUGAAACUAUAAUAAUACAUCAGAUUUAUAGCUCAAAAUAUUGGGAAAGUUUAAAGAAGCUUAA